AUGGAGGAGUGCAAGAGUGUGAGUACUCCAAUGGGUCAGAAGGAAAAGCUUCAAAAGAAGGAUGGAUCAGAACCUGUAGAUGAAAGAGUUUGUAGAAGUUUGAUUGGCUGUGUUAUGUAUCUCAUUGCAACUAGGCCAGACAUCAUGUUUAUUGUAAGUGUCUUGUCUAGAUUCCUUAAUUGUGCAAGUGAGUUGCAUAUGGUAGCUGCAAAGAGGGUGUUGAGGUACUUGAAAGGUACCCUUUCAUAUGGAAUUAAGUUCUGCAAAAUUCAGGAGUUUAAGUUGCAGGGGUAUUCUGACAGUGGUUGGGCAGGAUCAGUAGAUAAUAUGAGGAGCACUUUAGGUUAUUGCUUUGCAUUUGGGUCGGCAUGUUUUUCCUGGUGUUCAAAGAAGCAGGAAAUAGUGACUCAAUCAACUGCGGAAGCUGAGUUCAUUGCAGCUACUACAGCUGUGAAUCAAGCAUUAUAG